AUGGUUGCAUACGACAACGUUCCUACCAUCGCGUCCCAAGAAAUUGUGGCUGGCCUUGUCCAAGAACCCAAUGGCCGAGGAACGUUCAGUAUUCUUUGGGCCUGUCUAGCAGUCCUACUUCUCAACACUUGGACCGUUCUACACCUCAAUAUCCCCCCUCCAGGCGAGCGAUGGUAUCGUCGCUUUGUCCACAAAUGCAAGUGGUUUAUCAUUUGCGCUAUCGUCCCCGAUGGCAUGCUCGUUAACGCCUACGCACAGUGGCGUGCGGCUAAAAAGUCCGUUCGGGAUAUGCGAAAAUUCUAUCCUUGGUGGACGAUAUCCCAUGGAUACUACGCAGAGAUGGGAGGAUAUAGAAUUUUAGAUCAGUCGGAAGGAUUAUAUUACAAUUUCCGCGCCGAGGAUUUGGCAUGGCUGGUGCAACAAAAGUUCAUCGACCUGCCCAAGAUGCCGGUGAAAGAUCUUCGUGAUCGCAGCAAGACAGAUGCUUUUGCUAAAGCAAUUGCCUGCGGCCAGUCGACAUGGUUCCUCAUCACAAUCCUAGCGCGUAUCAACCAGAAUUUACCCAUAACCACCCUCGAGCUCGCAACGGUGGCCUUUAUCGGCUGCACCUGGGCGACAUAUUUUUUCUGGUGGCAGAAGCCGAUGGACAUCGAAACAUUCACAACAAUAACGGUUCCACGAGUGAGCGUUGAGCAGCUAUGCAAUCUGGCAAGUAAUACUUGCUUCUCUGGAAGCCACACUCAUUGGUAUCGACCUCCGCCGCCAGACCUCAUUCAUGGCUGGGACUGGUUUUGGUGGCAGAAGCCGAUGGCGAUGACCCGAAUGGAACCCAUCAAUGUGGGACACCGAGUUCCCGCAGAAUUGUACGAGCUUGUGAAGGAUAACUUCACAGCCCAUAUUCGCACAUCCGACUGGUAUCGCUCGGCCGUCAAUGAGUGCCAUGCUGACGAGUGGGAAGGCCUCCAUCAUUUCCUUGUCUGGUCCAUCGGUCUCGUAUUUAAUGGCCUUCAUCUCGCUGCAUGGGAAUUCCAUUUUCCCACCAAAGCAGAAAGUAUAAUAUGGAAGGUAACAGCGCUCGGCAUGCUUGUGGUGACUUCAAUGUGGGUGCCAUGCGCAUACGUGUUGCGACGAUUGGGCGAUACGUCGCGGAGGAAGAAUCUCGUAUAUUGGGCCAUCACACUGUUCUAUUUCCUUUCAAGGAUGUUCUUGAUGGUGGAGGUGUUUAUAGGGCUCCGGGAGCAGCCGGCUGCUACUUAUUAUUCUGUGCAGUGGAGUACUUACAUUCCUCAUAUUUGA